AUGGCAAAAUAUCUUGGCCUACGCGGCCCGGCACUGACUCGGGCCAUCAUCUGGCUUGUUGUGUGUCCUGCCUUUACCUGCUACGGCUACAACCUCAGUGUCGCUGGUGGUCUUUUGACCCUCCAGUCGUUUGUCAAAAUGUUCCCGUUGCUGGACACCAUCAACACCUCCGGAUCGGAGCAGUCACACAACUCGACCAUACAAGGCACCGUUGUUGCCCUCUUCACCGUCGGUGGCAUGUUCGGCUCGCUGUCCUGCAUCUACCUCGGUGACCUUCUCGGCCGAAAGCGGGUUAUACAGAUUGCCUCUAUAGUGACCAUCGUCGGUGCCGUGCUCAUGGCGUCCUCGUUUCACCUGGCCCAAUUCAUCGUGGCGCGACUGGUUCUCGGCCUCGGCACCGGCGGCUAUCUCGCCACUGUGCCCGUAUGGCAGGCCGAGAUAUCGCGCGCGAGCAAGCGUGGCGCCCACGUUGUCAUGGAUGGCAUCUUCAUCGGAAGUGGUGUCUCGAUUGCGUUGUGGAUCGACUUUGGCUUCUUCUUCGUCGCGAAUAGCUCCGUUGCAUGGCGCUUCCCACUUGCGUUUCAGGUUGUUCUCCUCCUCUUCGUCGCCUUCUUCAUCUCGCUGUUCCCGGAAUCCCCUCGAUGGCUUGUGAAGAAAGAUCGCAUUGAGGAAGCCCGAGAGAUUUUAGCGGUGCUCAACGACGACCAGCCGGAUUCCGAGGCCAUCAACAAUGAGAUUCAAGAAAUUCAGCACUCCCUCUCCGUCUGUGGCGCGCUCUCUUGGAAAGCCAUGUUGACAAUGGGAGACCAGCGCUUUUUCCACCGAACUGUUCUUGCGGCUGGUGGUCAAAUCUUCCAACAAAUGUGCGGAAUCAAUCUCAUCUCCAUGUAUGCGACAACAAUCUUUGAGCAGUAUCUCCAUAUGAGCCCGACCAAGUCGCGCAUUCUCGCGGCGGCGAUGGCAAUGACCCAGCCCUUUGGUGGAUACUUGGCAUUCUUUACCAUCGACCGCCUUGGCCGCCGGUUCCUCAUGCUUGCCAGCGCGGCCGGCAUGAGCGUGGCUAUGGCCAUGCUGGCGGGCACUACAUCGGCGACCACCAAUAGCGCUGCUCUUGUCGUUGCAGUCAUCUGUCUCUUUGCAUUCCAAUUCAUCUACACUGUUGGAUACUCUGGUUUGACAUUUCUCUACGCUACAGAGGUUGCUCCACUGCAGCUGCGCGCCGCCAUUAGUGCUGUUUCGACCACGGCCGUCUGGAUCUUUAACUUCUUGCUCGCCGAAGUCACGCCCGUCGGGUUCAACACCAUCUCCUAUCGAUACUACAUCAUCUUCGCCGUCCUCAAUGCAUCCAUUGUACCCAUGGUCUUCUUUUUCUAUCCCGAGACGAGUGGCCGCUCGCUUGAAGAAAUUGACGAAAUUUUCAUGCAGUCCAAGUCGAUCUGGGAUCCGCCGAGAGUGGCGCGCACCCUGCCGCACAUGACGACAGACAACGGGGCCACGGUGAGAUCUCUUUCAGGAGACGAUAAGAAUCAAGAUAUCAAAUAA